AUGGCAGCGACAUCAUCCGCCGCCUUCCCGCUCGCAACCAGCGACCCAUACACCGGUGGAAGCGACAGUACAGCUGGAACAGCCAACGCAGGUUCCGAUGGGAGUCCGGACAAUGACGCCGGUGCAUCUGGCAGCAGCAGCGGGAACUUCCAAAUUUCUCAAGGCGCACUGAUCGCUAUCAUCCUGAUCGUGGUAUUUGUCGCACUCCUUGGCAUUGCUUCUGGAACACUCUUCUACCUCGCAAAGAAGAGGGAGUGGAAAGUCCGCGAGACCAUUCGCAGGUCAGCCAAGAAGGUUGUCACGGCACUGACACCACGACGCUCCGAGUUUCCGAAGUCCGUGAAGCAACGUCCAGCGAAGUCAAGGGGUGUUCGGGUUGAAGACGAGAUUCCACCCACUCCACGUUUGAAGCCAGAGGAUCUCGAGAAAGGACUGGCUGCAAAAGUAGACGUGAAGCGCAAGUACUUUCAUCGAAAGUAG